UGUGAAACUGUCCAGACCAGUUGAAGGAGGGUAUUGGAGCUUGUGUAGACAUGCUGUAGUUGCUGAACCUCUUGUUCAAUAGAGAAAGACACACGUUCGAGAACACCACUUCUCCAAACUGUUGGUGUUUCUGCCUGCCUGCACUAUUUGUACACGCUAGUCCUGCUUUGCGUGGCUGGGUUUAAUGGGAAUAGUGUGUGAUUAGUGUGUAGGACCGUCACUCAUUCAAAAGAGUGAAUGGGCGGCAGCUAAGGAUUGCAAAGACAAAACAGAAAGAGCUGUUUACAAAUUUUACCGAUUCUCCUAAAGAAGAAAGUAACCUUUAAGCGCAAUGUCCCUGAUGUUCUCACGUUCCAGCUCCACUGCUAUCGGCAAAAAGGACAAGAGACACAUGGCAGAGGUGAACGCUUCCCCCCUUAAGCACUUUGUCACAGCAAAGAAGAAGAUCAAUGGCAUCUUUGAGCAGCUGGCUGCCUAUAUCAAGGAGAGCUCAGCUUUCUUGGAAGAAACGUACAAGAAUGAAAAACUGGACCCUGUUACCACGGAGGAACAGGUGCUGGAAGUGAAGGGGUACCUGUCCAAGGUCGCUGGAAUCGGAGAGGUUUUGGCAAGAAGGCACAUGAAAGUAGCCUUCUUUGGCAGGACGAGCAAUGGGAAGAGUUGUGUGAUCAAUGCCAUGCUUUGGGAUAAAGUCCUGCCAUCUGGUAUUGGGCACACCACCAACUGCUUCCUGAGAGUGGAGGGGACUGAUGGAAACGAUUCCUACCUUCUCACUGAAGGCUCAGAGGAGAGAAAGAGCAUCAAAACAGUGAACCAUCUGGCUCACGCCCUCCAUCAGGAUGAAGACCUGGACGCAGGCAGCCUGGUGUGCGUCAUGUGGCCCAAAGCAAAGUGUGCCCUGCUCAGGGACGACCUGGUGCUGGUCGACAGUCCUGGUAUUGAUGUCACCACUGAGCUGGAUAGCUGGAUUGACAAGUUCUGCUUGGACGCUGACGUCUUUGUGCUGGUGGCAAACUCUGAGUCGACUCUGAUGCAGACGGAGAAGCAGUUUUUCCACAAAGUGAACGAACGGCUGUCGACUCCAAACAUUUUCAUUCUGAACAACCGCUGGGAUGCCUCGGCCUCAGAGCCGGAGUACAUGGAGGAGGUGCGUCGGCAGCACAUGGAUCGUUGCACCAGCUUCCUGGUGGAUGAGUUGAAAGUAGUGGACCGUGCCCAGGCCAGUGAUCGCAUUUUCUUUGUGUCUGCUAAGGAGGUGCUGCAGGCAAGGAUCCAGAAAGCUCAGGGAAUGCCUGAAGCAGGUGGUGCUCUGGCCGAAGGUUUUCAAGCAAGAAUGUUUGAGUUUCAGAACUUUGAGAGGAGGUUUGAGGAAUGUAUCUCCCAGUCGGCGGUAAAAACCAAAUUCGAACAGCACACUGUGAGAGCGAAGCAGAUUUCGGAAACGCUGCGGCUGAUCAUGGAUUCAGUUCACAUCGCUGCACAAGAUCAAAGGGUUCAUUGUAUGGAAACGAGGGAAGAGCGGCAAGACAGGAUGGAGUUUAUCGACAAACAGCUGGACCUGCUGACGCUGGACUGUAAGAAGAAGAUUAAGCAGAUCACAGAGGAGGUGGAGAAACAGGUCUCGAAUGGCAUGGCGGAGGAGAUCAGAAGGCUGCACGUUCUGGUGGAUGAAUUCCACGUGGACUUCCACACUUCCCAAGUGGUUCUCAAGGUUUAUAAGAAUGAGCUCCACAAGCACAUCGAGGAGGGUCUGGGAAGGAAUAUAUCUGAGCGAUGCUCCAAUGCCAUCACCACUGCUCUGCAGACAACACAAGCAGAAAUGAUAGAGGGGAUGAAGCCUCUUCUGCCUGCCCCAAUCCGGGACCAGGUGGACAUGCUGGUCCCCCGGCAGUGCUUCAGCCUCAGCUACGACCUGAACUGUGACAAGCUCUGCAGUGACUUCCAGGAGGACAUCGGCUUCCACUUUUCUCUGGGCUGGACCAUGCUGGUGAACCGUUUCCUGGGGCCGAAGAACACGCGGCGAGCGCUCAUGGGAUACAGCGACCAGGUGCCUCGGCCCCUAGCCAUCACCCCCGUGAGUACCAGCAUGCCUCCCUUCCCUCAAGGCUCGGUGACCCAAGAGGAGCUCAUGGUUUCCAUGGUGACUGGUCUAGCGUCUUUAACCUCCAGGACAUCGAUGGGCAUCCUUGUGGUUGGAGGAGUGGUCUGGAAGGCAGUGGGAUGGAGGCUGAUUGCCCUGUCUGUUGGCUUGUAUGGUCUCUUGUAUGUUUAUGAACGAAUGACGUGGACGACGAGAGCCAAGGAGAGAGCUUUCAAGAGGCAGUUUGUGGAGUACGCCAGCGAGAAGCUGCAGCUCCUUGUCAGCUACACCGGGUCAAACUGCAGCCACCAAGUCCAGCAGGAGCUGGGGGGCACAUUUGCCCAGCUCUGCCAGCAGGUGGAUGUGACCCGACAGAACCUGGAAGAUGAGAUCAAGGAAAUGAACGAGAAGAUUGAACUUCUAGACUCAUUGCAGAGCAAAGCCAAACUUCUUCGGAACAAAGCAGGCUGGCUGGACAGUGAACUCAACAUGUUCACUCAGCAGUACCUGCAACAGGGCAGGUGAGGCACUAAGGGGGGAGAGAAACCAACAAUGUCUAUUCCUGGGCUAAUCGAGGAGAAACCCUGACUUCAUGAAUUCUUCAGAAACAGAUGAGAAGUAGCAGAAAUGUGUGUGCACUGUAUAAGCUGUGUAAAUGAUUAACUUUCCUGCUUAGAUCAUUUAUAAGAUAUUCCUUCUGCACCUUAAUUUACGCUUAAAGCAAUUUCAUUCAUGCUUUUAAAGAUAUAAUUUAUUUAACACCAAAUGUCCCAAGAGCUGUCAUAACAUAUGUCAAGUCUCUGUAGCAGUAAUUCAUUGCUAUGACUUUUGGUACUGUACCUAUAAUUUAUAAGUGUAAAAUGCCUUUUUUUUAAAUAUUAUAGCUCAUAUGUGCCACAUUAUGCAUACAUGAUUUCUAUGUAGUACCACACAAUGGCAUUUGAAAGGGAGGGGUAACUAUGAUUAUUCCCCUUCCGUUGCAGUUAAACAUGUAAGGCAGGGCAAGGAAAUGUAACUGCGUCCCUUUUCAAAGGUGUGAAAAGUCACCAUAACCUAAUGCAUCUAGCAAACAUCAUGUUCACACUAAGUUAGCUUGCCAUUUCACUUGAAAUUGAAUCUAGGGUUAAAUUGAGGUUUCUGCUAAUGAAAAUAAGCAUAAAUAACAUGCUGUUUAGGAGCAAAGCAAAUGACACAACUCGGUAGAGGGCUGCUGUGUCCUAUGCAAUCCCAGACACUCAUCAGGGCUUUGCUGCGCAGUAAACUGCACUGUGUAUUGCAACACAAAUGCAUGUCCACUCUGCAAAGGGUUUAGCAAUAUAGCUGGCUGUUAGGCAUGUGACCUAGGAUACACUAUACCCUGUUAAUAAGCAGGUAAAUGAACUUUAAAAAUCAGAUAGGGUCGUAGUCUUUAUUGCACUGAAAAAAUAUCCAGCAAGGGCUGUUUGUGUAUAGUAUAUGUGGGAAUAACAUUUUAAGGAUUGAACUGAACAGGACCCUGAACAGCCUCUCUAUAGCAAGUCAGGAUACAAUGAGCUAAAGGGACGUGCAGUUUAUAUCUGGAAAUGUGAUCAUGCCAAGAAAAGUAACGCUACAUUUUUUAGUAAAAUCUAGUUUGUGUGGUUCUUGUCUUUUGGUCAGUUAUUUCAUAUUUUCCGCGAGAUCUACAAGGAAGAUGUAGGUAUUGUCCUAUUUGAAUAAUUGAAGAGUCAAAUUGAGAUCCGUCGUCUAGCCUGAGAAAGGGACGAUAGUGUCUCUCUUUGGAGUGUUGAGUAAGUGCUUUCGUCGUAUUUAACAGCAGAGAAACGUUGCCGCUGUUAUUAAAGGCAUUGAUUUAAGGAACACAGAGUUGAAAUGCCUCCUUAUUAGAAUUUACACUAGAGACCAUUCGACCAACUUGAAUUCUGUAUUGGAGAAGGCACGUUUUGAAGUCUGCAUGAUGCAGUGGUGGACAGAAGCACUGCUUCCUUGCUUUUGUAUCGAUAUACAGGUGGUGCCAAUUGAUUCGAAUAAACCUUCAGGAAAAAUGCACUUUUUAUGUUUUUGCUGCUUAAGUUAUUGUUUUUUUUUGUUGGUUGUUGUAACCAAGCUAAAGAAAGUGAAUAAUUUACUGCUUGUUGUAAUGUACUGAGUCACAUGUGGGUUUGAUGGGUCAGUACGUUUUGAAUACAGCGUGCAUGUGGUUGUUAUUGCAGUACACGUUGGGUACCCUCUGCAUUGUAAUGGAACAAUAAAAUUCAGACUAAAUUA